CAUCAAGAACUCAGGGCGUCGUUGGCAAGCCCGCAAAUUAGCAUCCCUCUGCGGCAUGCUCUCUUGAAAACGCUAUGGGGCCGUCCUGCGGACUCUAGGUUAACAUCGACAACGAUGACUUCUUAUUUUAGUUACUACUCAUCGAAAUGCCAGGAGUUUCUGACAGACGGAGGCAGGCAUGUCUCCGCCAAAACCCAUUCAGAUAUCAUCGAAAUCGCCCAAAUGAUACAGAAUGACCUCCCAAGAGAGACGAUCCUGCCGUGCACCGGAGAUUGGUCUGCAAAUGCUCUGGAUACUUGCAGCCUUGGAUCAGCGAAUGCCGCAAUCGAUCUAUGCGCUUCUCUACUCACCAUGAUUGAUGUUGGUGAGCAUGAAUUCGGCGUGUCGGGAAGGCAUCCAAUACAUUGGACCAAAGGGUGCCUCAGGACCACCCUCAGGGACCAGUUCUCACCUGAGAGGACUCUUGCAGUGGACAAUCCCAGGAUUGGGAAACUUUUCAAAGCGGAGAACCUCAGCAAGAUUGCUGGGGUCAAGAUUAGGUGGACAAACAAUCUAGCCAACCACCUCCGCCUCACAGAUGACGACAAGGCCGUCUUCAUCUUUCACCAUGCUAGCUUCCUCAAGUUCCAGCAGAGUCUGACCCAGCAACUCUUUCCGCCUGGCUUUAUCGAGGAAACACUCUACACUCUAGCGCUCCUCUUCCCGCAAAACGACUCGCACACCAGGCGCUGGAUCCAGACUCUGGGAUCGCCUUGCCUUGAUCAGAAUAUUAGCAGGUGUGGCAGCCUCCGUGCGCAGGAUCGGCGAUUCGACCGCUUCUUGUUCUGGCACGACCGGCUCGUUGUCUUGAAGCAAGUGUUCGACGAUUCUAGCCCUCGAACGCUCGCGCAGUGGUGGUGGGAUAGACGGAAUGGUGUGCAAUGGUAUACAUUCUGGGUCGCAGUAUUCGUUUUUCUGUUUACGAUCUUCUUCGGCAUGGUGCAGAGCGUCGAAGGGGCGCUGCAGGUGUACUUUUCAUAUAAAGCACAGCCAGGCUAG